CAUGGGUAGCAUACUUUUGCCCUAUAUUGCCACUGGGGCUCCACCACAGGUUUAUUUGUGCCCGGAGCUCAUUGUGGAUUAAACAUCAGCUGAACGGAUUCCUUACUGGUGAACAAGAUGGCAGAGAGCGGGGCAGAAGGUGAACUACCUCCAAGGCGUCUUCUUGUCAAAGAACAGAAAAAUGGCGAGGCGACAGGUAAAAACAAAGUACAUCUAAUUCAAAACUAGAUCAAACCUAUGCUUACAUAUACUUUUUCUAAUAGUUCUAUCAGUGCUAAAUUACCUUUUGAAAUAGUGUAGUUUCAUUUGAAAAUGCUUGUGUGCACAUGUUUGUGUGUGUCUUUGUACUCUGUGCCACUAGACUGUGCACCAUCUGUGGAUGAGAGGAAGCAGAGAGAAAGGGAGGAGCGUGAAUCCCUGGUGUUAUGGAAGAAACCUCUGCUCACACUCCACUACUCCUCCCUGGAGCUGCUCAUGACCCUUAAAGAGUGGACAUGGAGUAUGUGCGCUACAUGGAGAAGAAGACGCUGUGGUGCGCUUACUGGGUCGGCCUGGGCAUCCUCUCCUCGGUGGGUCUUGGCACCGGCCUGCACACUUUCCUUCUGUACCUGGGACCACACAUUGCAUCGGUGACCCUCGCAGCUUAUGAAUGUGGCACUGUGGAUUUCCCCGAGCCACCCUAUCCGGACCAAAUAAUCUGUCCCCAGCAGGAAGCAACACCACCAGGCUCUGAUGCUGAGCAUGUGGGUGCGGGGGGCGCAGGGGUGGAGGCGGGGUCAGCAGCCCUCCAGGGAACCAUCUCUCUCUGGACCAUCAUCUCCAAAGUCCGUCUGGAAGCUUGUAUGUGGGGUGCAGGUACAGCUAUAGGAGAGCUUCCUCCCUACUUCAUGGCCCGGGCGGCGCGACUGUCCGGUGCAGACCCAGACGACGAGGACUACCAGCAGUUUGAGGAGAUUCUGGACCAGACCCAGUCAACACAGGACUUUGCCACCCAAGCAAAAGUAGCAGUGCAGAGACUCAUCCAGAAGAUCGGAUUCUUUGGCAUUUUAGCGUGUGCCUCUAUUCCAAAUCCCUUGUUUGACCUGGCAGGAAUAACAUGUGGACACUUUCUGGUCCCCUUUUGGACUUUUUUCGGCGCAACCCUCAUUGGAAAAGCAGUCAUCAAAAUGCACAUUCAGAAACUGUUUGUGAUCGUCACCUUCAGCAGGCACAUAGUGGAACAGAUGGUCUCCCUCAUCGGAGCUGUUCCACUGCUGGGUGCGGCACUGCAGAAGCCUUUCAGGGAGUACUUGGAGGCCCAGAAGGCCAAGCUGCACCAUCACACCGGAGAGGGGAUCCCAACUGAGGAGAACUGGCUGUCGUGGCUCUUUGAGAAGGUUGUGGUCAUCAUGGUAUGCUUCUUUGUCUGCUCCAUUGUCAACUCCAUGGCCCAAAGUUACGCCAAGCGCAAGCAGCAGGAGAAGCACUCGGAGGGCAAGACGGAGUGAAGGCCAGCUCGCGAUCAUAACUACAGAAGCCUUGGUGCUCCCCCAAGCUCCCACCACUCCUUUCCUCAUUUCUGCUCUCCCACCGGGUUGAUACCCCACCAUUAUCUGAGGCAAAAUAUCAGCUUCCAUCUGGUUUCUCUCUUGUUAUUGUAGCAACAUGUUUAUGCUGAACAUGGACUUCCAUUUACUUGCUUUUGAAGGCUUUUGCAUUUGGUAGUGAUUUUCCGCGAUUAUUCUCUGUAAGGUAGGUGCUUGUUGGAGUGU